GGUGCUUCCCAGGCAUCCUUUCAGGAUGGGGAAAUGAACCUCACUGGACCCACAGAACUGUUGUUGACUCAGAGGACUCGGCUCCCUGUCAGUGAAAUGACAAAAACAGUGGAGAUUGUUGGGGAAAGUGGACCCUUGGGAAUACAUGUAAUGCCCUUUUAUUCAUCUUUGAGUGGAAGAAUGCUGGGACUCUUCAUCUGUGAGAUUGAAGAAAAUAGCAGAUGUAGGCGCGAUGGUCUUUUCCGUGAAAAUGAAUGCAUUGUGAAGAUUAACCAUGUGGACCUUACAGAUAAAACCUUUGCACAGGCUCGGGACAUCUUCCUUCAGGCAAUGAAAUUUCAAAGUGUCACCUUCGAAGUUCUUCCUCCAUAUAAUCGAGAACAGUAUGAGAAGUCUGCUAUGGCUUCUAUUUGUUUUCUGGAUAAUGAUAAUGGAGUUCCAAAAACAAAGAUUCCACCUCCUGUUCAUCCAAAACCUGCUCUGAAAACAAUUAAUCAUUCUGGAGCAAGCGGCUUGGAGACAGGUGCACAGGCAACACUGCAACGUGCUAAGAGCCCCAACCUCCCACGUCUGGGUAGAAAGUCAUCUUCUCUCUCACUGUUUCCCCUUAUGGGCUUUGGCAAUAAAAGAAAUGCAAAGAAAAUAAAGAUAGACCUGAAAAAAGGUCCAGAAGGACUUGGUUUCACUGUGGUUACCAGAGACUCUUCAAUACAUGGUCCUGGUCCGAUUUUUGUGAAGAACAUUUUGCCAAAAGGUGCAGCAGUAAAAGAUGGUCGUUUGCAGUCAGGAGACAGAAUCCUGGAGGUGAAUGGAUGGGACAUCACUGGCAGGACCCAGGAAGAGCUUGUAGCUGUGCUGAGGAGCACAAAACAAGGGGAAACUGUCUGUCUGAUAGUGGCUCGUCAGGAGGAGGCCUUUCUACCUCGAGAGCUGAAAGGAGAGCCAAACUGCAGUAUUUUUUCUCCAGAAACCACAGAGCAGCUGACCUUUGAGAUUCCUCUGAAUGACUCUGGCUCUGCUGGGCUUGGUGUGAGCUUGAAAGGCAAUAAAUCUCGGGAGACUGGAGCUGAUCUUGGGAUUUUUAUCAAAUCUGUUAUUCAUGGAGGUGCUGCUUUUAAGGAUGGUCGUUUGCGAGUAAAUGAUCAACUUGUUGCAGUAAAUGGGGAGUCACUUCUGGGCAAGUCAAAUCAUGAGGCUAUGGAAACACUAAGGCGCUCCAUGUCCAUGGAGGGGAACAUUCGUGGGAGGAUCCAGCUCGUAGUUCUCCGGAGACUAGAAGUGCAGACAGAGGAACGCUCAGACCAGGGAGUCUUUCAAAAAUCAGCCUUUGAUGGGAGUCAUAACUUCGCAGCUGCUUCCCGACGCAAUGAUACUGUUCUUCAGCAAUUUGCAACAUGCAGUCCUCAGGAAGGAAUAAAAGAGUUUCCAGUAUCUGACCGUGGCAAUGGUGAAAAUGAAACCCCUCCACCUCUCCCACCACAUCCCAGUGAGGAUCUGCUGCACGAGGAUUAUAAUCAUAGCCCUAUCAUAAAUUCAGCAGUACGUUUAACAGAUCAGCACAUCAACUUCAGAUCUUUGACACCAGCCAAACUGUCUGAAUCAAUUAAUCUAAAAGCCUCAAAAAGCAUGGAUCUGGUGGCAGAUGAAAGAAAAGUUGGUUUGUUGGCCGGACACAAAUCAGACUCUUCCGGCAAAGAUUUCGGUCCUACUCUGGGAUUAAAGAGGUCCAGUUCUCUGGAGAGUCUUCAGACUGCUGUGGCUGAAGUUAGGAAGAAUGAACUCCCUUUUCACAGACCCAGGCCUCAUGUGGUCCGUGGUCGGGGAUGUAAUGAGAGUUUCCGAGCUGCUAUUGACAAGUCUUAUGAUGGACCUGAAGAUGAAGAAGGGGAUGGUUUCUCUGAUAAGAGCACUUACUUUGGUCAAGAAGCUCAGAACAUGGAUGCUGCCCCUCCAGGGUACCCUGAAAUUGAAGUCUCAGAAACAAAAAAAGGCAAAAACAGUAGAGAGAAAGCGAAGAAAAAGGAAAAGGGAAAAUCUGAAAUCAAAGAGAAGAAAAGGAAGGAAGUGUUUCUUUCUAGAAUUUAUAAAAGUGUUCUUGAAAAGAAAUUCCUUCCUGCAAAGGUGAGAGUCUUAGGGAAUCCAAGCCGUGAUAAAAGUGAAAGGAUAGCGCUGACCUGCAAAGGAAAGACUGAACAAGAGCAAACAGUAUUUGGAAAGAAAAAAGAAGAUAAAAGUGGGAAAGCAGAUCAGAAGGGGAAUCCAAAGCAAGGUAUGCUUAAAGAGGAAGAGCUGGAGAAAAUGAAAGAUGAACGUGAAAG